GCCAGCGCGCCUGGCUGGUGACGCCGCGUCUGCGCCGCCUCGCUGGUCCUGCUUGCUCGCGGGUUUCGCCCCUUUGUGUUGCUUCAUCAUGAGAAAUCUGAAGUUGCUCCGGACACAGGAAUUUAGGGACAUUCAAGCACCAGGGAAACCUUCUUGUUUCUCUCUCCGAACUGAACGGGGGACAGUGCUCAUUGGCUCAGAACGUGGACUGAUUGAAGUAGAUCCCUGGAAAAGAGAAGUGAAGACUGAAGUUCUUCUGGUGGCAGAAGGCUUUCUUCCAGAGGAUGGAAGCGGCUUCAUUGUGGGGAUCCAGGGCUUGCUGGACCAGGAGUCCGUGUGUGUGGCCACCGCCUCCGGGGAUGUCCUGCUCUGCAAUCUCAGCACAUUCCAGCUGGAAUGUGUUGGGAGUGUGGCCAAUGGUAUCUCUGUUAUGAGCUGGAGUCCCGAUCAAGAACUGGUGCUUUUUGCCACAGGUCAGCAGACCCUGAUUAUGAUGACAAAAGACUUUGAAGUAAUCACAGAGCAGCAGAUCCACCAGGAUGAUUUUGGUGAAGGCAAGUUUGUCACCAUUGGAUGGGGCACCAAGGAGACACAGUUCCAUGGCUCAGAAGGCAGGCAAGCAGCCUUCCCGGUGCAAAUGCAUGAGUCUGCCCUGCCCUGGGAUGACCACAGACCACGAAUUAGCUGGCGUGGGGAUGGGCAGUUCUUUGCUGUGAGUGUUGUUUGCCCACAAACAGGGUCUCGGAAGAUCAGAGUGUGGAACCGGGAGUUUGCUUUGCAGUCAACCAGUGAGCCUGUGCCAGGACUGGGGCCCUCCCUGGCUUGGAAACCCUCAGGCAGUUUGAUUGUAAAUGACUUGCUAUGGAAUGCAGAUUCCACUGUGCUUGCUGUGUGGCUAGAAGACCUUCCAAGCGAGGACAGUUCUACUCUGAAAAGCUAUGGUAUGAUAGCUGUUGAACUUUGGUUCAUGUUCAUAUGUUCUAUCAAAGUAGAAGAUUGUGGGGUUUCCUUCCUCCUUCCUCCUUCGGCCUUUGGUGAACUCAGUGUAGCCUGA